AUGAUCCUCCCCUCCCUUCUUGUCCUCGGCGUCGCGGCGGCUCUCCCCCUCUCCGCCGAGAACUACGACUUCAGCGUGCGAUGCGAGCACGGCCCCUCCUCCACUUCGACCUCCUACGCCGGCGAGCCAGAUACAGGCUGUGUGAAUGUCGGCGCCGCGGGCACGAGUAGCUGCUUCUCCUCGUGCCAAGCCCUAGCCCACGACGCCUGGCAAUGGGGCGCCGGCUGCAAGAUGUACGUCUUUGCCGACCGCGACUGUGGAGGCGACUACAACUCGGUCGAGCUCUGGACGCCCCGCCCCGACUUUGAGCAUCUCGCAGGACCGGCCAUGAAGCUCCCGUCCGAGGGGUGCGUGCGGUCCUACUCCGUCCACUGCCCCUUUGGCAGCGUUCGCUGGCCGAACGGCGUCAAGAAGGGAACGGCACUCGUCAUUCAGUAA